AUGAGCAGUAACGGAGGAUCUGCUGUUACGUAUACGGAAUGGCAUCCUAUCCGACAGCUCUUAUCCUAUGCUGGAUACGAUUUCGCUUUGAUCAUUCUCAACCAGCCAAUUCACGAUGAAGGCUUGUUUAGCGACCUCUGGAGAACAGCGAAAACGAGGGUCGCGGCAGACGGCGGUGCUAACCACGUGUACGAUCUUUAUCGAAAGUCCCCUUCUACCUCUGCCGGUGCAUAUAUAAACCUUAACACUAUCAUCGGGGAUCUAGACUCGAUAUCUGACGAGGCGAGGAGCUUCUACGCCGCGAAGCCGGCGUGUUGCACCAUCAUCCGUAAUCCAGACCAAUACUCGACAGACUUUACGAAAGCCGUGAGGUACGUCCGCGAGAAAUUUCCCGGUAAGGAUAUCCUUUGUAUGGGUGGGCUCGGGGGCCGUGUCGACCAGGGACUGAGCCAGCUGCACCACCUGUACAUAUUUCAGACGUCGCCGACCUAUGCCGACGGAAAGAUAUUCCUCCUCUCGGGGGAGAGCUUAUCCUUCCUCCUCAAAGCCGGGGGACAUCGCAUACACGUGCGCGAACCCGGCGCCGUUACCACCGACUUCGUGCGCGUGACUGGCGAUCCAUUCGCCAAACACGUCGGUAUCAUCCCCGUCGGCAGGCCUAGCGUCAUCACGACAAAGGGCCUCGAGUGGGACGUCGAGAACUGGCCGACCGAGUUCGGGGGCCAGAUGAGCACAAGCAACCAUCUCCUACCAGAGACGAGCGUCGUCGAAAUUGAGACUACGACAGAUGUGAUUUUCACGAUUGCCCUUAAACGGGCCCCGGAUGCGAACUAG